AUGGUAAAAGAAGGGGAGGACAAUCCUGGCACGCGCCGGGCGCUGUUUCUUCCCAGACUUGCUGUGACGGCUGUAGCGGUGCAGGGAACAGUACCAUUACGUGGAUUACAUGAUGAUGAUGUUUGUGUUUUGCAGAAAACUGAACGGAGUGUUUUAACUCAAACGGGUGAUGAAAAGGACUCUUGGAAAGUGAAAACGUUAGAUGAAAUUCUCCAGGAAAAGAAACGAAGGAAAGAACAAGAGGAGAAAGCAGAGAUAAAACGCUUAAAAAAUUCUGAUGACCGGGAUUCCAAAAGGGAUUCCCUUGAGGAGGGGGAGCUGAGAGAUCAUCGAAUGGAAAUCACAAUCAGGAACUCACCAUACAGAAGACAGAAUUCUAUGGAAGACAGAGGAGAGGAGAAUGAUUCUCUGGCCAUCAAACCACCCCAGCAAAUGUCUCGAAAAGAAAAGGCUCAUCGCAGAAAAGACGGGAAAAGAAAAGAGAAACGUCGACAUCGUAGUCAUUCAGCAGAGGGAGGGAAACAUGCCCGAGUAAAAGAGAAAGAAAGAGAACACGAACGCCGGAAACGACAUCGAAAGGAACGAGAUAAAGCACGAAGAGAAUGGAAAAGACAGAAGAGGAGGGAGAUGGCAAGAGAGCAUUCCAGGAGAGAGAGGGACCGCCUGGAGCAGUUAGAAAGGAAGAGGCAGCGGGAGCGCAAGUUGAGGGAGGAACAGAAGGAACAGCGGGAACAAAAGGAACGGGAACGGAGGGCAGAGGAGCGUCGCAAAGAGAGAGAAGCUCGUAGGGAAGUCUCUGCACAUCACCGUACGGUGAGGGAGGACUACAGUGAUAAGGGAAAGGUUGGCCACUGGAGCCGCAGCCCUUUGAGGCCACCAAGAGAGCGCUUUGAGCUGGGAGACAACCGGAAGCCAGUGAAAGAAGAGAAGGGGGAAGAAAGAGACUUGCUGUCAGACCUCCAGGACAUCAGUGACAGCAAGAGAAAAACCAGCUCAACUGAGUCUUCAUCAGCAGAAUUGGGCUCAGGUGAGGAGGAAGAAGAGGAAGAAAAAGAGGAGGAAGGGAACACCAGUGAAGAAUCAGAGGAAGAGGAGGAGGAAACUGGGAGCAACUCUGAGGAAGCCUCAGAACGGUCUGCUGAAGAAGUCAGUGACGAAGAAAUGAGUGAAGAUGAAGACAGAGAAAAUGAGAACCACAUCUUGGUUGUUCCAGAGUCGCGAUUUGACCGAGAUUCUGGGGACAGUGACGAAGGAGAAGAAGAAGUUGGUGAGGGGAGCAGCGCCUCUACCAAGGGAGACUAUGUGCCCGACUCUCCAGCUCUGUCACCUAUUGAGCUAAAACAAGAGCUGCCCAAGUACCUGCCAGCCCUGCAGGGAUGCCGGAGUGUAGAAGAGUUUCAGUGUCUGAACAGGAUUGAAGAAGGCACCUAUGGGGUGGUCUACAGAGCAAAGGACAAGAAAACAGAUGAGAUUGUGGCUCUGAAGCGGUUAAAGAUGGAGAAGGAGAAGGAAGGCUUCCCGAUCACAUCACUGAGGGAAAUCAACACCAUCCUCAAGGCCCAGCACCCCAAUAUCAUCACUGUCAGAGAAAUUGUUGUGGGAAGCAACAUGGACAAGAUCUACAUUGUGAUGAACUAUGUGGAACACGACCUCAAGAGCCUAAUGGAGACUAUGAAACAGCCCUUCCUGCCAGGGGAGGUGAAGACCCUGAUGAUUCAGCUGCUGAGUGGGGUGAAGCAUCUCCAUGACAAUUGGAUCCUACAUCGUGACCUUAAGACCUCUAACCUUCUGCUGAGCCAUGCUGGCAUUCUCAAGGUGGGCGACUUUGGGCUGGCUCGGGAGUAUGGUUCACCCCUAAAGGCCUACACUCCAGUUGUUGUAACCCUGUGGUAUCGUGCCCCAGAACUGCUGCUUGGUGCUAAGGAAUACUCCACAGCUGUGGACAUGUGGUCAGUGGGCUGCAUAUUUGGAGAACUGCUGACACAGAAACCUCUGUUCCCUGGGAAGUCAGAGAUUGAUCAGAUUGACAAGGUUUUCAAGGACCUGGGGACUCCCAGUGAGAAAAUCUGGCCUGGCUAUAAUGACCUCCCAGCCGUCAAGAAGAUGACCUUCAGCGAGUAUCCCUAUAACAACCUCCGCAAGCGAUUCGGGGCUUCGUUAUCAGAUCAAGGAUUUGAUCUCAUGAACAAGUUUCUGACUUACUUCCCUGGGAGGAGGGUCAGUGCAGAAGAUGGCCUCAAGCAUGAGUAUUUCCGAGAGACUCCCCUCCCCAUCGACUCAUCCAUGUUCCCCACAUGGCCUGCCAAGAGUGAGCAGCAGAGGGUGAAGAGAGGCACGAGUCCGCGGGCCCCUGAGGGCGGCCUGGGGUACAGCCAGCUGGAGGAUGACGACCUGAAGGAGACGGGCUUCCACCUCACCACCACCAACCAGGGAGCCUCAGCUGCUGGCCCUGGCUUCAGCCUCAAGUUCUGAGGUCAGCUUGAUGGACUUGGCCCAACUGGGUGGUGACAACAUGAUCUGCUGAGUCAGGGCAGCAUCAUUGUUGUUGUUAUUAUUGUUCCGUGUUAUUUGGGGCAAGUUGGGAAUUUGUGGAAUUAAAUGAAAUUUUCUUCUGAAAAAAAAAAGGACU